AUGCAAACAGUAAAUCAACGAAAUCGAGAUGCAGGUGUUCCAAUCGAUGUUCAAUAUGCUGAUAUUGAUUAUAUGGAUGCAAAUAAAAUAUUCACAAUCGAUCCUGUCAAUUACCGUGGUUUGAGAGAAUACUUUUUACAACUGAAUACUAAUGGCAUAAGAAUCAUUAUCAUGUUGGAUCCGUUCACGAUCGAUGAUCAAAAGUACUACACUCCAACCAUUGAAGGGAUCAAACAGGAUGUUUUUAUUAAAUGGGAAAAUGGAUCUUUAAUGAAAGGCGCUUGUUGGCCAGGUGAAGUUUUCUCUCCAGAUUUUUUUACCAAUCGAACACACAUUUGGUGGGCACAGAUGAUCACAGAUUUUCGUCGUGUUAACUUGACUUUUGAUGGAGUUUGGCUCGAUAUGAAUGAACCGGCUAUGUUUGGUACAAAUGAGGAUGCACCAUGGAAUUGGAAUAUAACUAGAAGCAAUCAUACAUUAAAAUGUCCGCUAAGCACUUGGGAUGAUCCACCUUAUCGUACGAAGGCGGUAUUUCGUUACGAUGAAUCAGUGAAUCGAACUUCACGUCUCUCCGAUCAUACUCUUUGUAUGUCUGCUAUACAGGGUGAAAUUGAUUCAGAGACAGGCAAAGCGAUGUAUCGUCAUUAUGAUGUACACAGUCUCUAUGGAUGGAGUCAAACAAAACCUACAUUAGAUAUAAUACGAUCACUCACUGGACAACGAAGUUUACUAUUACCACGUUCGACUUUUGUUGGUUCUGGCCAAUGGAGUGCUCAUUGGCUGGGUGAUAAUGCAGCACUAUGGAGUGAAAUGAAAUUAUCAUUAAUUGGAUUAGUUGAAUUUAAUUGGUUCGGUAUUCCGAUGGUUGGUGCAGAUAUUUGUGGUUUUGAUCAAAUCCCUACACAAGAAAUGUGUACACGAUGGCAACAAGUCGGUGCUUUUUAUCCACUCGCACGAAAUCAUAAUAUCUGGAAAUUACCUGAUCAAGAUCCGGGUGCAUGGGAACCUUCAGCCACAGCUAUUAUGGUUUCUGCUUUGCGUAUUCGAUACACACUUCUUCCUCAUUAUUAUACGUUAUUUUACAAAGCUCACACACAAGGUUCCACUGUUAUUCGGCCAUUAUUUCAUGAAUAUCCCACAGAUAAGAUAACACUCGAUAUUUAUUUACAAUUUCUAGUUGGAUCUCAUAUUAUGAUAGCACCCGUGACUGAUGAUGGGGCUAGAGAAGUUCAAGUCUAUAUUCCUGCAUCGAAGUGGUAUGAUUACUAUACAGGUGUUCCUGUCACUGUUCAAGCACAAUAUACUACCUUACAAGCACCUUUGACUACGAUUCCGAUUUUGCUCCGAGGUGGAAUAAUCAUUCCUACUCAACUCUAUGCAAAUAAUACUAAAUAUUCGCGAAUGAAUCCAUUCAAUCUGAUCAUUGUAUUAGAUUCGAAUGGCAAUGCUGAAGGAGAUUUAUUCUAUGAUGACGGUGAAACAAUUGAUACGAUUGAAACAAACGCUUACUUUUAUGCAAUAUAUAAAUGGUCAUCACAAUGUCGUCAACUAAAGAUUGAGAUCAUCAAAAAUAAUUAUGCUCAAAUGUCCAAUUUGAUCUUAAACUCGUUAACAUUCUACGGAUUAAGUGGAGUUUCAUCGAAUAUUAUAGUAAACGGUAAACAAAUGCCAGUAAUUCAGAAAUCUCAAACACAAAUUAUGGAAGUUAUCGGAUUAGGAUUAUCCAUGAGUAAGAAUUACACAUUAAUGUGGCUGCAACAAAAUGAAACAUGGUCUAGCAACGAUCAAAACAAUGCCGCAUGCAAUUGGAAAUCAACUUAUACUACAAGUCCUACUAGUAUAUCCCUAAGAAGUGAAAGCCCUUACACUAUAUAUUCGAAAAAUACAUUUUUUUGUUUUUUUAUUCUUUCCCUCUUCAAUUUACUUCAUUGA